AUGGUCAAGUCUACUGUUCUUUUCGGCGCUCUCGCCGCCUUCGGCUCCUAUGCCCAGGCCAAGGAGAUCAAGGUCAACGAGGACAAGGCCCAGAGACUCUAUGACACUGGAAUUGCUGUGUGGGAGAAGCAGGAGGCCGCUGGUGCUUUCGCUAGCGAGCAGUACCCCAAGCUGGGCUACACCAAGUGUGUCCGUGGUUUUGCUGAAGCUAUCAAGGGUGAUGCCGCAAACACCUUUGCCUGCCACAACGCCGACCUCUACUCUUUCCUUAGUCACGCCGAUCUCGGCAGCACUGGAGGUCGAGGCUCCUCCUCCUGGGGAUGGACCUCUGAUGACGGGCGUGAAUUCGUCGCCAUCGGUCAAUACGACGGAACCGCUUUCGCCGAGAUCACCAAGAAGGGUCAGCUCGUCUACCUCGGUCGUCUCCCUCAGUACUCCGUACCAUCCCAAUGGCGGGAGAUCCGCACCUACAAGAACUACGUCAUCAUCGGAUCUGAAGCUGUCGGUCACGGUAUUCAGAUUUUCGACCUCACCAAGCUCUUGAAGAUCAACCCCAAGAAGCCUGUUGUCUUUGAUGCCAAGAAGGACCUCACCAGUCACUUCAACGCCCUUCUCCCCGUCGGUCGCGCUCACAAUGUUGUUGUUAACGAGGAGCUCAAGUACGCUGUCGCCGUUGGAGCUCAGCCCCGAGAUGACAAGAACUGCGCUUCUGGUCUUAACUUCUUCGAUCUUACUGAUCCUUCCAACCCUAAGUCUCUUGGAUGCGCCAAGGGUGAUGGAUAUGUCCACGAUGCGCAGUGCAUUGUCUACCGUGGACCCGACAAGCGUUACCAGGGACGGGAUAUCUGCUACGGUUACAACGAGGACACUCUCACCAUUUACGAUGUCACUGACAAGGCUAAUGUCACCAACAUCAUCUCUCGUAUCUCCUACGAGGGUGCCUCUUACACCCACCAGGGUUGGGUUCUCGACACACAAAACCAAGAGUUCCUCGUCUUGGAUGACGAACUUGACGAGCAAAAUGGUGCUGGCCCUGGAGCUGAUGGUUACCCCGUGACUUUCAUUUGGGACAUCCGCGAUCUCGAGAAACCCAAGCAGACCGGUCUUUUCAAGCACCCCACCAAGUCCAUCGACCACAACCAAUACGUCAAGGACAGCUACAUCUACCAAUCUCACUACGGUGCCGGUCUUCGUGUUCUUGACGGUCGAUCAAUUCCUUCAGACCCCACUGGAGCUGGUGUCUACGAGGCUGCUUGGUUUGACAUUUAUCCUGAGGAUGACGCUCUGCAAGGUGGUGGCAGUGUUGCUUUUGUUGGAACUUGGUCUUCUUAUGCAUUCUUUAAGUCGGGUUACAUCUUCAUCAACACUAUUGAGCGUGGUGCUUUUGUUGUUAAGUUGACUGCGAAGGCUUUCCAGAAGCCUAAGUGGUAA